AUGACUCAUAAAGAUCGAUUUGUCAACCUUGGAAUCCAUCCACCAAAAGGAGUGCUUUUGUAUGGCCCUCCAGGUACUGGUAAAACCAUGAUGGCCCGCGCUGUCGCAGCUCAAACGAAGUCAACGUUCUUAAAACUUGCGGGGCCGCAGCUGGUGCAGAUGUUCAUUGGAGAUGGAGCGAAGCUAGUGCGUGACGCGUUUGCACUAGCCAAAGAGAAAGCCCCGGCAAUUAUUUUCAUCGACGAAUUGGACGCAAUUGGCACAAAACGUUUUGAUUCCGAGAAAGCUGGAGAUCGAGAAGUGCAGCGCACCAUGUUGGAGUUGCUAAAUCAGCUUGAUGGGAUUCCAGCCCAAUGA